AUAUCUCGUUGGACUUUGUUAUACAAUUGCUUUCUAUCUUCCUCUGUACUCCAGGAAUCCUUGGAAUCCAUUCUAUAGCCCCCUGUCUUGUAACCAUCCAUCCCAUUCCCAUCAUGGCAUCCGUCUUCACCUACGACCCUGACCCCCCGCGCGUCUCGUCGCCCUGGUCCACCACCUCCGGGUCCUCCACCCCCCAGACUGCAGCAGCCACAACAUCCACCCCAACCGGGCGAAUGGUCCCGCGCAUCCGCUCCAACAUACACCUCGACCGCGCAGACACCGACGCAGACCACGACCAUCUCUCCGACUAUGGGAUUACCAAGCUAGACCCGGAGCCUCAGGAAGGCCCAACGGAAUACAAGCUCCAUCUCCUGCUACGUCGACGCCGUCCCUACGUCUCCAUGUCCACGAGCCAUCUCGUCGGAGGCUCGUAUCACUCCCGGGCCAGUGCCAGUGUCAGUGCCAGCGCCAGUCUGCCUACAGACUGUCCCACCCCGCCCGCCGCCAGCUACGACUCGACCUCACGCUCGCAACCCCCACAGCAACAGCAGCAGCAAUCCCGCUCCACCGAAUCCCGUCAGCAGCGCCUCGAACACCUCACCACCCAAUUACUCUGGCGUCUACAGCAAUCCUCCCCAUUCCACUCGUCCACAGCAGCGGCGAAUCUGAAUCUGGUGCUGCCGGUUCUUCCCGACGCGACAUCCCAGGCGCAGCUCGGCUCGACGCCACCGAAACCGCCCCGUUUGUUGCCUGGGUUGGAGGAGAGUCAGGGCGCGCUGUAUGAGGUCGGAGUCGCGGAUGAUGGUAUGUUUGUGGGGCUGACCCGGGAUGAGUUGGAAGAGAGUCUGGGGACGUUGAGGGUGAUGGCGGCGAGUCUGGGGUGUAAGGUGGAGGUGCUGAGGCGGGUGAUUGUGGGGGAGUGUGAGUGGGUGGGUGAGGAUGAGGGGGAGGUCAAGUCGGGGAGUCUGUGGGUGGCAGAAGCGUUGGUUAGUCCCGACUGGGAGUUCUAUCGCGUUGAGUCGCCGCGGAGGGUUAUGUCUGAGGGGGAGGGCGGUGGGAAGGCUGGAGGGGAAGGGUUGGUGAGUGGUUCUUCGGACACAGGACAGAUUCGCGUAUCGAUUGCGGGUCCGAGUGCGGCGGGGAAGUCGUCGCUUCUGGGGACGUUGACGUCGUCGGUGCUGGAUAAUGGGAGGGGGACUAGCCGUUUGGGCUUGCUGAAGCAUCGGCAUGAGAUCUCCUCCGGGGUCACGAGCUCCGUGGCCCAUGAACUGAUAGGGUAUGCGGCGGCGGAGGCGGCGGAGGAGGAGGACAGGGUCGAGGUCAUCAACUAUGCGUCUGGCAAUGUGGCCGCGUGGGAUGAUGUCCAUGCUGCGUCGGGCGGGGGGCGUCUUGCCUUCGUCUCUGAUCUGCCGGGGUCGGUGCGCUAUCUCAAGUCGACGUUGAGAGGGUUGAUCAGUUGGGCGCCGCAUUAUGUGUUUCUUUGCAUUCCGGCGACUUGUGGCGAGGGUCCGGCGGAGGCGGGCCAUGGCGCCGAGCAGCCCGCGGAUAUGAAGCUGGUGCUGUCACAACUGGAGCUGUGUACAAAGAUGGAUAUCCCGAUUGUGGUUGUCAUCACGAAGAUGGAUAUUGCGGGCUCGGGCUUGCGGAGUAGUCUUGGGAAGGUGCUGUCUGCUAUCAAGGCGUCCGGGAAGAAGCCGGAGAUGAUCGUGUCGACUGGUGCAGGAGGGAACAUUCAGCACGUGGAACCUAAGGACACGGACGAUGUGAGGAAGUUGGUGUCUAGGACACAAAACUGGGUCGAUAUCGUUCCGAUUGUCACCACAAGUGCGGUCAACGGGUCGGGUAUAGGGAAAUUGCACGCUCUUCUCCGGUACCUCCCGAUUCCUGUGAGACCGGCCCUGAGAGACGUCUCGCUGUCGAAGUCCCUCCCCGCAAGUCUACCUGAGAAUGUCUUCGACAUCGACGAGGUAUUCGCCAUCCCGCCAUCGAAAGUCUACUCGAUGUCUGCGGAGCAGCAGCAGAAGGAAAACCACGGCGUUGUCCUGUGUGGCCUCGUCCGCUACGGAGCCAUCUCCGCGGGAGACGAGCUUCUCGUCGGGCCUCUUUUCACGCACGACCACGGCACCCCCCACCGAAACAGGUCCGAAAGACGCUCCGACACCCAGCAAUCCAGCUCCUAUCGCAGCCGACCAACCUCAGGCGACUUCUCGGCCUCCCUCCCAGGCUCCCUCCCCGGAAAAGCCCACCUCCCCAUCCAAGCCCACUGGCAACGCGUGCGCGCCGUCAGCGUCCGCAACCUCCGCCUGCCCGUCCAAAAGCUCACCCAGGACCAAGUCGGCACCAUUGGAGUCGAGCCCCUGCCCACCACCCCGGACGGCGAGGCCCCCCGUCUCGGGAAAAUCCGCAAGGGAUCGAUCCUCAUCAAGCUCCCAACCCCGACCCCAACCCCAUCAUCCACCCUAUCAUCGACGCUGAAACCCCCUCCCUUCCACACCGGCUUCACCGCCACCUUCCCCGCCGGCGAAUUCGCCUCCCCUCUCUCCCCACCCGUGCUUCUCGGCGGCAACGCCAUCAUCUACGUCGCCAACGUCCGCACCACCGUGAAACUCACCUGCAUGGCGCUUGCCGACGAUGAGGUCGAUGUCAUUUCCCGUCCGCUGUCGCCAGUCGAACCGGACUUCUUCAGCUUCGACGGUGAUGCUCCGGCCCGUGAAGGUGAUCAGGAGCGGGGGCGCGAGCGAGAGGGCGUGCAGGAUGUGAUUCGUGCCGCGGGGAGUAACCCAGCGCAGGGGGAUAUUCGUAUCACGUUUGAGUUUGUCACCUCCGUCGAGUGGGUGGAGGUUGGAUCGCGGGUGUUGCUUAUGCCUGGGGCGUCGGUGGCGCUGGCCUCGACGUCCGGGAUAGCUUCGGGGGUGGCUUCGGGGUUGGAAGGGUUUGUGGGGAGGGUUUGUGAGGUUGUUUCUAGCGAGGGGGAGGUGUGUUGAGUUGAUAUGGUGUAAGGUUUUGCAUCAUCACACUUAUGUGGGUGCCUGAAUGCCUUUUUAGCCGAGUGGUUUGCUUCACUGAGUCACGGAGUAGAUCGGUGGUGGUUGAGGUUAGGAGGAGUGUUGUGGAUAUGGUUUUUUAAUGAGAGGGUUUUAAUUGGUGCUGUUAGUUGGACUGUGUUGAAUUAGUGGCUGUGAAUAGGUGGUAUUAUAGUUUGUGUUCAUACUAAAGGCAAUCAAUGAGGCCGUCAAGGCAUCCACCGCAGAUCGUCCAGUGACUUUAAAGUACGUGCGCUAGGCCUAGUCCGGCCUAGCGGGGCUCAUGACCGGGACAGCAAGUGGAUGGCCAGUCCCACUAGAGCUGACCUCCCAUCCAUCAUCUUCCUCCUGUCCUCAA